CAUGUGAGCAGUGAGAAACUUUUGAUUACUCCCUUUUUAUGUAUUUAUGCAGGAAGACACCCCGACACUAAGGUGAACCUGGUUCUGCUGGGAAUGGCCGGAACGGGGAAGAGUGCAAGUGGAAACACAAUCAUUGGAAAGAAAGUCUUCGAAUCCAACGUCAGUUCCAUUCCAGUCACCAAAGAGUGUCAGAAGGAAGAAGCUCAGAUAAAUUUUCUCAAUGUAAGAGUUAUUGACACCCCUUAUAUGUUUGACGAUGAGAUGGCAAAAUCAGCUAGGCAGCAUGUAAAAAAGUGCAAAGAACUCUGUGAGUCAGAUCCUUGUGUGUUUGUACUUGUGAUGCAUGUCAGCAGAUUUACAGAUGGUGAGAGAGAUAUCCUGAAAAAAUUAGAGAAGAUGUUUGGGGAAAAUGUUAGUAAGCAAACUGUGAUCCUGUUCACUCGUGGAAAUGACCUGUGGCAGGCUCACGUCGUCUUCAGGAAUUUUCUUCUUGACUGUCAGGAUAAACUGAAAGAAAUACUUGCAAAAUGUGACAACAGGUGUGUUCUGUUUGAGAACAGCAAGUCUGAUCCAGAUCAGGUCGACAAACUCAUGAACCAAGUCGAUCUGGUUCUUAAAAAGAAGAAAUGAUCUCAAAGGCAAUGAUAAAAUAUUGCAAGUUGAUUUCUUUGUGCAAAGUUAAUCAGGAACAUCUUUCAGUGCUUUAUUCAUUU